CCAAGAAGGAGGUCCGCAAAACCUUCUCCGACAGGCCUGACAUGAAGCUGUCCCGCCGCUUGAAGAGACAGGUUCGCUUGGAGGAGAGAGGACUGGAGGAUCUAGCAAGACGGGACAGAAUUCUAAAUGCAAGUACAAGGAGGACCUCUGCAUCUUCAUCCACCACAUCUUCUACAAAUGCACGUACAAAGCACGUCGUAUUCGACGACGAUGACGACGACUUGCUGCCAGGUGGUGCAGGGUGUCUAGAGGCCGACCCUUCAGUGUUUGGCGAAAAGACGCUGAAAGUCCGUCAAGCAGAGAUUCGGUCCGCCGUUGAUGCUGGCACACUCGCUAAGAGUUUCGACCUCGAACUGCCCUUCGGUCCGUAUUGUACCUCAUAUACCCCUAACGGUCGGCACAUGGUGCUUGCCGGUAUGAACGGAGGCCACGUUUCCUUGCUGGACACGCAGAGCUUGCAGAGUCUGUGCGAAUUGAAGUUGCGGGAGAGCGUUCGAUGCGUUGCGGCCUUGCACAACGACAACAUUUUCGCAGUCUCUCAAAAGAGGUGCGCCUACAUGUACGACCGGAACGGAGUGGAGAUCCACAAAUUGAAAGACCACGCCAUGAUCCAUCAAAUGUUAUGAAAAAAACAACUAGUUAUCAGUUUAGAGUUAUUUCAACUGUUCUUCUUUUGUUUCAAGUUGAGGCUUAGGCUCUGCGAGUUCUUUUGUUUAAUGAAAUAUCCUGUCUUUGGUCUUCCUCGGUUCCUCAACACUAGUUAUCUAUCAGUUCAGAGUUAAUGAACUUUAAUUUUAGAGUAGACAGUGUAGUUCUUCCCUUCUCUAAUCCAUGAGUACCUCCGUUACCAUUACUUGCUGUGCACGGGUUCUGAAUACGGGGAUAUGCGUUUCUUGGAUGUCACCAGUGGGACCGUGGUUUCCCAUCUGAAGACGAAAAAGGGUCCUCUGCAUUGCAUGCGGCAGAACAAGCGCACUGCCGUGAUGCAUGCUGGACACACGAACGGUGUGGUCUCCUUGUGGACGCCGAAUAUGAAGGAGCCCUGCUUGAAAAUGUUGGCCCACAAGGGUGCAGUGCAGUGCUUGGACAUGCACGGGGAAAACUUUUUGGUGUCCUCCGGAGCCGACGGCAAGUGGAAGAUCUUCGACAUGCGCAGGCCAGCAGAGCCUGUGCUGUCGCAGAACUACUACAACAAUCCGGUUCUCUCCAUCGACGUCUCGCAGACGGGAUUGUUAGCUCUAGGCACAGCGAAAAAAGUCGAAAUUUACGGUUCCAACGUGUGGAACGCGAACCCCUCUUUGUUCACACACUACAAUGCUACGAUCGAGAAGAUGAAUAGCAACAGCAGGAGCAGCAUGAAGAUCAGUCAAAGUGUUGACUUCUCGUCCGAGAUCAAUGCUCGUACUAGCGUGCUCUUACCGGACAAUGGCGUGACCGUAACUCGCGGUAAGCUGACGAAAUCGGAGAAGGCACAGAAUCGCGCUCUGGCAGAGCGGGGUGCGCAACCGAUUUUGUCAAAACGCGGCUUUUCUGUGGAAGCUUACAUGCGACAAGAUUUCCACGGCUCAGGUUCCGAUGUCCACCAGGUCCGUUUUCAGCCGUUCCAGGACGUGCUUUCGGUCGGCACCCGCAAAGGCUUGUCGCAGUUGCUGAUCCCUGGUGCAGGCACUGCGCAAUUCGACUCGCAAGCCUGCAACCCGUACGAAACCAAGCGACAGAAGCGGGAAGCCGAGGUGCAUGGUUUGAUGGAAAAACUUCCGUGGGACAUGAUCGUGUACAAUCCGCAGUUCUUCCAUGCAGGCGCAAAGAGCCAGGUGGGCUCAUUCAAAGCAGGAGGCGGUCCGGGUGCGAAGAUGAAAAAGCAGUCGGAUGGAGAUGCCAAGAGCGGCAAGGUUGUCAGCGUAGAGAGCAAGCAGAAAGCAAACAACAAGCAAGGAGGAGACGCUCUCGGCAAUGAUUCCGACGAUGACAAUGAUUCCGACAGCGAGUUUAGGCAGACAGGCAUUAGGAUGACGCGAGGAAAGAAAAAGAUGCGAGGAAAGAACAAAGUCGGAAAACGGCUGAAGAAGAAAGAGGUGGGAAAAGCCGCGGAAAGAAAUGCCGAUCCCAACUUAUCGCUCACAGCGCGGAAACGGAAGGAAGGCCCAGCCAAACCUCUAGACCGCACUGCGGAUGUCGAGGCAGAUGGGGCGUUGGCACGCUUCAAGAAUAAGAAGAGACGCAUGAUGGAACUCUCUUGAAGGAGACAAAAUCCUAGGAGCAAGAGCUAGAAACAGAAGGAACAUUCUAGUUCUACUUUGAGAAAUAUAUUGAUCUUCAUUCAGUUGGAUCCUUAAUCAUGAUCUUCUGUGAUGUCCACCAGGUUGUGGGAAACGAUCGACACAUUAAAACGCUGGCGUUAACAGUGUGACGCCACCUUUUCAGAUUUCCACUCCGACUCAACUAAUUACCCUGCAUUAUAUUUUUUUUGAUUUUCCUUUGCUCCUGCCACUGCCAGC